AAAACGUGCCAAGGCUCCGCAAUUUACGUUUAACAAACAACCGCAACAGAAAUUUACACAGUUCAAAGAAAUUUUGUCCGUUUCAAUUUAAAGUCGAAACAAGACCAGUGUUGCAUAACAAACAAUUUUUUGAGUACUCAAGCAUCGAUCUUUUAAAGGGAAGGAUAUAUAGAGCUAUAGGCCAUUAGUAUGGCUAUCAGUCUUGGGAAUAAUCUGUCGACCGUUAAGUUCUUGUUUGAAAAGCUUGCUUAUCUUGCAAGAUACAUACAUAUGUAUAUUCACUUGCCUCGGCAUUUACGAGAUUUUAGGUGUAUCUUGUAUGUGAGCAAGUCGGAGAAAAAUAUCGCAUACUUCUCUGGAAAAAAUCGGCCCAAAAUUGAGGUUAGGGCAGCAGUGAAAACAGGAUUUAGCUGAGCAGCCGGCUAAAAAUCCACCGAACACUUUGUAUAAUGUGGAUGGAUAUACAUAACUUACAAUUGAACCAGAUCGAUGUGAUUCAGCUGAAAAAUGAACUAGCUCCGACAUCAGAAUCGACUACGCUUGGCAUAUUCCUUCAAAUGUUUGUAGUACCAAUAUAAAAUAUAUGUUUUGAAAAUGUAAAAAAAAAGUUCAAACUCACGACAGCGAAAUACUUCAGGAAACCAAACCGAUUGAUCCAACACAACCACAAAAAUACACACAUCUCCAAUAGUUAACCAUGGUUCACCCCAGUGCAAAGAACUUUGCUCUCGCAAGGGCCGGCUGCGUUCCGUGGGCCUCGUGACGGCAGGGGUCGUGGCCUUAUACAUGGGCCUCAGCGUAUACGAGAACCAGGAAGGCCUGUUCCGGACAUUUGUGCUGCCGGCAGUCCGUUGGCUGCCCGCCGAGACGGGCAACAAUUUGGCCCUGAUGGCGUGCAAGUAUCGCCUUUAUCCAGUGUCCGGCUACAGGGACAACAUUAACUUGAAGACCUCGUUUUUUGGCCGGCCCAUAAGCAAUCCCAUUGGCAUCGCGGCCGGCUUCGAUAAGAACGGCGAGGCCGUGCAGGGGCUAAAGGAUUUGGGUUUCGGUUUCAUUGAGAUUGGCAGCGUUACGCCCCAGGCCCAGGCGGGCAACCCCAAGCCGCGCAUCUUUCGCUUGCACAACGAUCGGGCGAUCAUCAACCGGAAGGGCGUCGAUAGCGAUGGCCACGAGGCGGUGGUGAGGCGGCUGCGGCACUUGCGAGCCACCAAUGCUAUCGAUGUUGUCGUGGGCGUUAAUCUGGAACGCAAUCGCACCUCCAAGACACCUGUCAUGGACUACAUGGCAGGUGUGAAGGCCUUUGCCCCCUGGGCCGACUAUCUGGUUGUCAACUACGACCAUUUGAAGGGCAUGCGGAGCGUGAACAACAAAACGAAGCUCAUCGAGCUUCUGGAGGGUGUCAACAAAGCGCGAGCCCAGCUGGGCGACAAGGUGAAUGUGCCCAUUCUGUUGAAGCUAUCGCCAGAUCUGACACUGGACGAAAUGCGGGACGUGGCCGCCGUCAUUAAAACGUAUGCAUGCCGUGUGGAUGGCCUAAUUGUGUCCAAUGCAACAAUGUAUCGGGGCAAUCUCAGAGUCUCCAGGCUGGCCACAGAGAACGGCGGCAUAAGUGGGGAACCGCUGCGGGAGCGCUCCACGAGGCUGAUUGCCCAGAUGUACGAGCUAACCAAUGGCUGCGUGCCCAUCAUUGGCGUGGGCGGUGUCUCAUCCGGCCGGGAUGCAUACGAGAAGAUCGCGGCCGGUGCAUCGUAUGUGCAAAUCUAUACGGCUUUUGUGUACGAGGGCCCUGAUUUAGUGGACCGCGUUAAGGCGGAUCUUUCCGCAUGGCUAACCAAGUUGGGCUAUGAGAAUAUUGACGAAGCAGUAGGUUCCAAUUAUCAACGAUAUCUGCCCAGCACUGAUUAAUUCCAAAUAAAUUAAAUUUUGUGUUU